AUGGGAGGCUUAGUGGGAGAGGCAUUCAGAAAUGAACUUACAAGCUAAUAUCUGAUAAUGAAAAGAGAUCAAUUUGAGGAAUUCAAAGCAUCAUUCACAAGUGAUAAUGAUCCAAUUAAAAAUGAACCAAUCUAGCAUAUAAUGAGCAGGGAGAACUUUUGUAUACUUCCUCCAGGAGAAGAAAUAUUCAAGCUUGCUGCAAAAUCAGCGAUGUAAAAUAUUCGAGAUUCCUAGGAUAAUAGAUAAGAUAUACCUGAGUUACUAUUAUUGUCCCUAAAGUAUUAAGUCCUUGCUUAAGAAACCGCUUUUAUUGGAAUAAUGAAGCAGUUGGAAAAACAUAGCGGAGAGCUAAAGCAGGUAAAGAUUCCAACAAUUUCUGCCUCUACUCGACCUCAAUAGUCCAUACCUUCAAAUUAUGGUAUUUCUCAGCCAAUGCUUCGCUAAGGAGGUGGUAUGAAACGUUCUGCUAUUGGAAAUUAAACUAUAAUUAACACAAAUAGUUCUAUGAUGACUAAAUCAAAAACAAUGUUAAGGUCAACUGGUAUUUAAAUGGAGUCGAGAAAAUAUGAAAAAAAAGACACUAGAGGAUCAGGGAUGAUUCUUGGAAGUGCUGUGAUGAAAAAGUAAGCAAAUAUUUUGGAAGAUGAAGAAGAAUACUCUGAGGAUUUUAGAUAAAAAAUCAGCUCAGCUAGCUCAUAAAAUGAAUCAAUUUCAAAAUAAUCCUCUUUUUCAAGGCCAACGACUGCAGUAUCUAAGGGCAAGAAAGGUUCAACUGUUUAGAAUUAAUCCUAAGUUCAUUAAAAAGCCUCAAGACCUCAAUCAUCAGUCAUUAAAACAUAAUAAGAAUCAUCAACUUUAAAUAGUUUGAUAAAUGAUUAGUCAUCGGUGGGAAAUUGGAAUACAACAGAUCUUAUUUUUAGCUACUUUGAAGAGAAUAAGAUAAGUGAAGAUUUUGAAAGAGAUAUUAAGUUGAUGUUAAAAGAUAAAAACCUUUAUCUGCAAGUGCUUUUGACCAUUUUGGCAUUGUUUAUUUUGAGAGAGAAAUAUGAUGACUAGGAGGAUGAAUGGAUUAUGAUUGCGAAGAAAGCUAAGACAUAUUUAAGAGAGUAAGGAAUUGAAAAGGUAGAUCAAUUCUACAAGAAAAUAAAUAUCUCUAUCAGAGAGUGA